ACCCCGAGAACAACCCAGAGAAGAGCCAAGACCAAGUACCUCUAGAGGACAACCGAUCCGUUCUCUGACCUCCUCUGAUGUCUCCAGACCUCCUCUGACCUCCUCUCAAACCUCCUGGAGGACUACUCUAACAUACUGCAAUUUUGAAGUACUUCUGUAGUAUUUGUGUAAUACUGCUGGGGUGACGAUGCAGAGGCCCUGUGUGCUGCUCCUCCUCUGCUCCAUGCCUCUCUCUGUCUCUGCAGAUGCCCUAAGCCUGUACGACCCUAAACUCUGCUUCAUCCUUGACGGUUUCCUCGGGAUCUACGGGCUCUUCAUUACUGCCAUGUUUAUCAGGGAGAAGUUUUUCAGAAGCAAAGCCAAAUCUGAGGAGCCGCUGUACACCGGUCUCCGGGGUGAGGAUCAGGCUGGUCACAACGAGCACGGCUACAGACGCAGAGGGAGAGAAGCUCAGGCUGCUCAAGACUCUGUCUACACGGGCCUAACCACACGCGGUGAGGACAGCGAGUACAAGGAGCUGCCCAGACGAGAGCAGAGGCAGAGGAAGAAGGAGCAGGUUUAUGAGGGUCUGAGCUCAGCCACCAGAGACACCUACGACUCCCUGCACCCCUCAUACUGAGCCACUCUAUAGCGCCACACACAGGCCACCACAUGCCAUUACAGUCCAGUGCUCCUUUAGGCCUGUUGGGGCACAGCAGUGUAUCUUUUCUGAGUAAAUGAAAUAUUUACAGGUUUAAUGAUAGACCUACUGACCAGCACCAGUGCGUGAUGCGUCUUACAAAUGUUUCUAGUUUUGUUCAGUAUUUACAUGUUGGUUUUUUUUUUUUUUUUUUUUUAUAUUUUCAUUCUGAGAAAAGCUUCAACAGUCCUUCACCAGGGCUCCGUUUCACAAAUGGAAUAAUUAUUUUGAAAUUCAUGUGUGAAACUGAGUUCUAUUUUUUCCUGAGAAUUUAUCACUUUUCCAAAGCUUUAACUUGUUCUUUUUAAAAUAUUUGUUAAAAUGUAGAUUUUAGAUUUGACUCAAUAAAAAGCAAAGACUCACUCAGCCUUUAAA